UUAAACACUGUUCAUAUAUUUAAUCAUUUUUGGUUUAAUCUAUGCUAGAUUACUAAACUACUAUACCCGCUGAUGUUGUUAUGUUACCCUGCACAACUUGAGCACUUUUUGAAAUUACAGUCGGUAAUAGAUGGGUUUAAAUAGUAGGUCUACAAUAGAUUACAGAAGCCAUAUGUUAAAGCGUUUUAGAUCUUUCGAUUGACGUGCAUUUUGCCAAGCUAAGUAGGCAACACAUUGGUUAACUUUAGGCCUAUGCUCUAAAUGAUACAGAAGUCACCGGUGCACAUUGAGAGACCAGAAAUUAUUGCACGGGGUCCGUUUUAACCGACAGUUUUACUUUCUUAAAUUAGCACGUUAAAAUUCCUCUUUUCUAGAGGUGACACAAAUUUAUAGGCCUAAAUACCACAGUUAGUGUAUAAUAUCCAACAACAACACAACUUUUUAUAGCUGAAUAUGUAUAUCUGUGAAUUUAAGAUACAAUUGUAUAAUAGUUUUAUAGUAGUAUUAAUGCCUCUGCUUUUGCCUUGGCUACUACAUUUUUCAAUUCGUUCUCGAGUUAACCCUCUAGUCAUUGGAUGCUUUGACAUUAUUUAUACAACUGACUUUUUUAUAUUUAAUUAGAUUUAAUGUUAAUGUUAAUUACUUUAAUAUUUUAAAUAAGAAUUGUUAUGAGCUAGUUUUAAACUUCUAUACGUUUAUUGGGUCAAUUUCCCAUGUCUAGUGGACAUAUGAGGAAGAUACACCUAACCAAGGGCGUAUAUUUGGUUUCAACAUUGGGGGGGUUGAACGUUGGUAUGCUGCUUGUUAAUAAUAAUAAUAAUAAUAAUAAUAAUAAUAAUAAUCUGUAAUAAUAAUAAUAAUAAUAAUAAUAAUAUGCUUUACGUUAUUGGAUAAUUUAUUUCUUCUUUAUCAUCUAUCUAUCUAUCUAUCAAACUAAAUCUAUCUAUCUAUCUAUCUAUCUAUACUUAAUAACUUUAUAAAAUUUAUGUAUAAUCAUUCAUCAAAUUCUAACAUAACUGAGUGAUUCUAAAAAGAAAGAAAUUAUGUUAAAAAUUGAAACCGCCAGUAAGCGGCAGCGAUCCGCUGUUUUAAUGAGUGAGCCACUUAAAUCGUUCGUUCAGCCAAUUCGUUCAAAAGUCAGAUUAAUUUAGGAAGAAAACAAACAUCGAUGUUAAUACUUUUGUCAUUGAUAAUUACAGACACUAUUGAAAAAUGAACUAACAAAACAGACGGCGGUUACAGUUACACUGAUAGUUUUGGCUAAAUUGCAAUGGAUUAGCUAGCUAAAAUAUAUGUGGAGUGUACUUAGCUAUUACACAACAUUCUCAUACCUCCUUCUCAGAACAUGCUUUAUUAUUUUUAACGUCCCUCUUUGACCAGCAGUUUAGUAUAGUCGGCUGGGCAGCGGUUCUCUUCAUUUUUGGUGCUGCCCGUGUUCUCCCGUUCAAACAGUAGAGCACCACUCGCGUUGUUUUGGUGAAAGUGCGACGCAUUGGUUGGGCGUUACCAAUCUGUUCAAUGGAGGGGGAGUAUUUAUUUAUUUUUUUUGUCUAAUUUAUUAUGACAAACUCAUAUUUGAAUAGAAACAAAAUUAUUGUUACAAAAUAAAUGAAUUCUACAUAUUUUUCAUUUGACCUACUGUGAUUUUCAUGUUGAAAUAUUGGGGGGGUUGUAACUGAUGGAUUUGAAUAUUGGGGACACCCUACGGUUUAACAAGACCGAAAGUGCAUUAUGAAGUGUGCCAUUUGGGACAGGGCCAUAUAGGUUUAAAGUAAAAAGUUCAAUCACACAAAUGAGUGUUUUUUUUUCCAGCUGUUUUUGUAUGUUGGUUUCAAACAGGAGACUAACAAAAUAAGAACUUACAGUCAGAGUUCCAUACAUAAAAUGGCAGCCAAUAAAAAAAGCUCUUUUUUUUUUUUUUUUUUUUGAAAAAAUUAAUGGAUUCCUGUCAAGAUACAAAUGUUUAAUUAAUAAGUAAGUGCUGGAGAGAAUGAUGAUGGCUCUGUCACUAUGAGCACUCCAAAAGAAGAACUUCACUCUCAACGAACUAAAAUGGAGAGGUCAGACUCACCAACAUCACAUCAGUCUCUGAAAAGUGAGAGAUCAAUUCCUCUACCACUGGACUUCAGUGAUGAAGCACCGAUAAAUACAGAAAGAACUAAAACGGAGAGGUCAGACUCACCAACAUCACAUCAGUCUCUGAAGAGUGACAGAUCAAUUCCUCUGCCAUUGGACUUCAGUGAUGAAGCACAGAGAAAUACAGGAAGCACCAAACAGGAGGAAUCAGACUCACCGUCAUAUCUGUCUUUGAAGAGUGACAGAUCAAUUCCUCUGCCACUGGACUUCAGCGGUGGAGCACAGAAAAAUAAAGAAAGGAUGUUGUCUUUGGAAGACUCCCAAGAGCAGGUGAAGUACAGACCUGCUAAAACAGUCUGUCAGCAGCAUUCCGGAGCUCCAGUGGUGUUCUGUAAGACAGAUAACAUGCACAUCUGUAGCUUCUGUAUGGGGCAAGAGCACCAAUGCCACAGUAAAUUCUACAUUGUGAAAUCUAAUGUGUCGGAUAGUCAAACCAUACUUCUUGAUAUUAUGGGGAACAUGGGAACAGAAGUUUUCAAAACCUUCAAAAGGGAACUAUCUGAGGAUUACCCAGAAUGCUUAGGGAAUCAGCCAGAAGAGCUCAAUCUCUCUGAUGCUGCUAAGAAAAUAGUGGAAAGCUUUGGGGGAGAGGGGGCACUGAGAAUCGCAUUUCACUUCCUGGAAAAUGCUAAUCCACUUCAAAAAAUCACAGAUGCCAAUAAAGCAAAGCUUAAGAAUGAAUGUCAAUAUAUAAAUGAAGGAAAUUCUUCUCAACAUGAACAGUAUUUACUGAAGGAGAUAUACACAGAUCUCUACAUGACAGAGGGUGGAAGGGGAGAGAUAAAUAAUGAACAUGAGGUGUUGAGGAUUGAAAUGAUUUCACAAAACAGAACCACUCAAGAAGCUUCAUUCUCAUGUAAUGACAUCUUCAAGACGCUGCCAGGACAAACAAAACAAGUAAGAACAGUCCUGACGAUGGGCAUAGUUGGCAUUGGAAAGCAUGUGUCGGUGCAGAAGUUCAUUCUAGACUGGGCAGAUGGAAAAACAAACCAAGAUAUUGACAUCAUUAUACAUCUACCAUUUCGGGAACUCAACCAUAAAAAGGAGAACUGCAGUCUUCAACAGCUGAUUCAUCAAUAUGCUCCUGAUCUGGAAGAAGCAAAUCUUUCAAAAUUGAAAGUGCUUUUCAUUUUAGAUGGUUUAGAGGUUUGUCAAUAUCCUCUUGAUUUCCAAAAGAAUGGCAAUUGUUUUAAAAUAAAAGAGAAAGUUCCUGUGGAUGUGCUGCUUACAAACCUCAUUAACGGGAAUCUGCUUUCCUCUGCUCUACUCUGGAUAACUACACGACCAUCAACAGCUAAUCGGAUCCCACCUAAGUAUGUCCAUCGGGUGACUGAGAUUCGUGGCUUCAAUGACAAUCAAAAGGAAGCAUACUUCAGGAAGAAAAUCAGUGAUCAGAAGCUGGCAAGUGAAAUCAUCACACACAUCAAAUCAUGUCGGAGCCUCUACAUAAUGUGCCACAUGCCCAUCUUCUGCUGGAUUACUGCCACUGUGCUAGAAAAUAUGAUGAGUGAUGGAAACUCCGAGGAAAUACCCAAAACUCUGACUGAGAUGUUCACUCACUUCCUGCUCAUUCAGAUCAGUCUCAAGCACAAGAAGUUCAAUGGAGCUGAUGCUGAUAACCCAAAGAAACUGUCUGAAUUUGACAAAGAAAUUAUUCUAAAACUGGGAGAACUGGCUUUCCAGCAAAUGGAGAAGCAAAAUUUUGUUUUCCAUGAAGAGCAUCUGAAAAAUUGUGGCAUUGAUAAAGUCUCAGAGUACUCAUUGUUCACAGAGAUUUUCAGAGAAGAUCUGGGAUUGUACAGGGAAAAGGUCUAUAGCUUUGUACAUGUGAGCUACCAGGAGUAUCUGGCAGCAAUAUAUGCUCACUUUGCAUGCGUUAAUGAUAGGAAAAAUGUUCUUGAAAAAGACAAAUCCACAGAUCUUUCUGAUGUACAUCAGAGCGCAGUGGACAAAGCUUUAAAGAGUGAAAAUGGACAUCUUGACCUUUUCCUUCGCUUCCUUUUGGGUCUUUCUGUUGGUCUUAACCAGAAUCUCCUGCAAGACCUUCUCACUGAAGGCAGUUCAUGUAAACCCUGUGCAGACAAAAACAUGACAGUGAAUUACAUCAAAGAGAAGAUCAAACAGGAACAAUCACCAGAGAGAAUAAUCAACCUGUUUCACUGUUUAAAUGAGCUCAGUGACAACACUCUUGUUAAAGAAAUUCAGACUGCCAUGAAAUCAGGAACACUCUUGGGUAGUGAGCUGGAGCCAGAGCAAUGGUCAGCUCUGGCUUAUGUCUUGCUGAAAUCUGGGGAGGUAUUAAAUGAGUUUGACAUGAAGAAGUUCCGCACAUCAACAGAAAACCAGCUAAGAUUGCUGCCAGUGCUCAAAAUCUGCAAAAGGGCCAGACUGGAUUGUUGUGAUCUCUCAUCUGAGUCCUGUAAAAGAAUCGCCUCAGCUUUCCAGUCAGUCAACUCACCCUUGAGAGAUCUUGAUCUGAGAAACAAUGAACUAAACAAGUCUGGAGCGAACAUCCUUUUUUCCUCUUUAAAAAGUUUACAUUGUCAAUUACUCAGACUGAACCUGGCUGGCUGUAAUUUAACAGCAACAUCCUGUACAUAUUUGGCCUCAGCUCUCAAAUCAACAAACUCACCACUAAGGGAACUGGAUCUUAGCUACAAUAAAAUAAGUGCUAAAGGAGUAAAUGAACUCUGUGACGGACUUAUUAGUGAAAACUGUAAACUUCAGAAACUCAAGUUAAAGCGAUGUGGUCUCACAGAGACAAGCUGUAUACAUCUAGCAUCAGUUUUGAAAUACUCACAUCUGAAGGAGCUGGAGCUGAAAAGCAAUGAUUUGCACAAUUCAGGAGUAGAGAAGCUCUCAGCAGGACUACAGGAUCCACAGUGUAGAUUAGAGAAGCUGGGGCUGUCGGGGUGUAUGAUCUCAGAAGUGGGCUGUAAUUUACUGGCCUCAGCCCUUAGCUCAAAUGCUGGUCAUCUGAGAGAGCUGGAUCUGAGCUACAACAACCCUGGAGACUCAAGAGUGAAAUUGUUCUCUGCUAAAAAAGAGGAUCCAACCUUUAAACUAAAUGUUGAGAAUGGAGGAGAGUGUCGAAUGAAACCAGGUCUGAUAAAAUAUGCCUGUCAGCUCACAGUGGAUCCAAACACUGUACAUCCACGUCUGAAACUCUCCAAAGGAAACCAGAAAAUAUCAGAAACUACAGAGGAGCAAAAAUAUCCUGAUCAUCCUGAAAGAUUCAAACUGUAUCCCCAGGCCAUGUGCACAGAGGCUCUGACUGGUCGCUGUUACUUUGAAGUGGAGUGUGAUGGUGGAGUUGGUGUGGGUGUGGCCUAUAAGACCUCAGAUAGAAAAGAGAAUAUAAUGGGAGUUAAUAACACUUUCCCUGUUCUCCUCUGUCUGAAUGGUGACUCGAAACUCUGGCACAAUAAUCACAUUACUUGUGCAUUCACAGUGAUUACUCAGACCAAAAGAGUUGGAGUUUAUGUGGACUUGGAACGUGGAAGUCUGUCAUAUUACAGUAUUCGUAAUGACACAUGCUCUCACCUACAUACGCACCACACUCAAUUCAAAGGUCCCUUAUAUACAGAGUUUAUUUUUCUGCCUGACUCCUCAGUGACACUGUGUAAGCUGACAUAGACCUUGAGAUUGAGCAGAUAUUUCAAAAGGAAGUUAGACGUUUUGUAACAUAAGUGAUUUACACCUUUUUUUUUUUUUUUUUUUUAAACACACGCACUUAGAACAUAAUAGAAGUUAAAUCAUGUGUCUGGAUAAAUUUUUUUGCAUGUUUGCGUUUAACAUACAAAUGGCUUACUUAUAGUUAUUUAUAGUUGAAAAAACAUAAAACUUAACUUUUACCUAAUGUGAUAUAAGUAUGAUGACAUGAUUUCAACAUUGGGUCACACUGUAUGUAUGUCUUUAAAGGUGCAAUAUGUAAGAUUUGUGCAGUAAAACAUCCAAAAACCACUAGGCCAGUGUUAUAUAUUUUAUUCACUUGAGUACUUAAAAUAUCCCAAAUGUUUCCAACAAUUUGUAAAUCGUGAAAAAAUUGCAAUUUUAACCAAGGCUCCAGGACGUGUGAGUCGCCGCCUGUCAAUUGUGUCAUACCUGCGUUACCCUUGGUUUCCGGUUUUAUUUUGUAAAAACCAUGGAAACACCAAAGACGCUUUAAUAUAUUACAUGUUUUAAUAGACAAAGGGAACAACUGUUUGGUUACGUUUAUAGACAGAAAAUUAUAGCUCAACACGUUUAGUCUUAUUGUUUAAAUCUAAUUUUCUUGAUUUUUUGCGAGUACCAUGCUUUAGCAUGCCUCAGAGAAAAACAUUAUUUUGUCAUGUAGCUAACAUAGCAUAAUCAGAUGCAGCUUUAUUUUUAGUAAAAGUAAUACAGAAUUUUCUCCAUCAUACAAUAUGUUUUAAAAUUAAUUGCAUGCCAUUUAUCAACACAAGCCAUCCAGCAUUUAAUAUGAUAUUCUAAAAUCAAUCUAGCUUACUGCAGUGUGUCUCAAACAAGUGUCUCACAACAGCCGCCGAGCGAACGCACAGAGUAACGUUAUAACAUAAUUUUCAACACUCUCAAAUGUAUCUAAUAUGAUAAUCAGAGCUGUGUUACCUCAUACUCAUGACCGGAGAAGCGGAAGUGGCCCCGGCGACUGUGACAUAAUAAAAGUUCCGCUGCUCGUGAGGCGUGUGUUGCGCAGUCGCUCCAGCGGCCUCGUUCAGCUCCCACAACACUCGGUCCUGCUCUGCUUCAUACUACAGUAACGUUAAUAAUCACAUCCAUGAACAUUAUUUCUUCCCGAGUCCUAUCCUGAUUGUUUCCACCGGCUGUGAUGUGAAGACCACAUGUCCCAAGAAUCCGCGCUCAAACUUGCCAUCAUCAAGCUAUGCCUUUGUUUUGAAUAAGCCUCUAGCGACCUCUAGUGGACAGAAAUCUUAUAUAUUGCACCUUUAUCUACUAUGUACUUACAUUUUAGGUACAAUGUACUGAUUGUGUUGAUGUUGUAUUGAGGAAGGAUAUGGGUAUGGUUAGUAGGGGUGGGAGAAAAAAAAUCAAUCCAUCGAUGCACCGCAAUUCUCUCUCCAACGAUUCUGGAUCGAUUCUGAGCUUAGGUUUAACCAGAUGCAUGAUGACACUGAGAGUGCUUUAGAAACUUGUUUCCAAUUCCUCACACACAUAUGUAACCCUGACUUAAUUUCAGGAAUAAUAAUAAUAAUAAUAAUAAUUGUAUAUAGUUUAAAUAAUUAAAAAUGUAUAGCUAUAUGGUUGUUAACUGACAUAUAGUGUGCAAGGAAAAAAAUGAAAUGUGAAAGAAGAAUAAUUUGAAUAAGAUGUAUUAGAGAAUUGACCAAUGAGAGAAGACUGAGAAACUCCGACCUGUUUUUAGUCAGCAGAAGCAGCGCGAGCUCACAAACUGAUCAGAGUUAACAGGGUAUCCGCGGGGCAUUAAAAACAUUAAAAGUCAUUAAAUGGAUUUUGCGAAAAUUAAGGCCUUAAAUGGCAUUAAAAAGCAUUACAUUUUAUUUCUACAGGCAUUAAACUUUUUUAGAUAGUUUUGAAGAAAAAUAAUACUACCAGUUUAUUUUAAAUAAAGCCUAAAUAAUUAAUAACUUUGAUUUGCUGUCGCAAAAUAUGUACAUUGGUGUGAUACGCACACGGAACCAGUUUGGUAAUUGCCUCCGGCCGGUGCAAAAUUGCCGUAACGCCGGUUUGGACAGCGGCGGGCUGGGACCUGUAGACGGAAGGCUGCAUCAGUGUUGAGAAACUUUUCAGCUCCCUUUUGCGACUUUUUUCUAAGAAAGCGCGUUGUGACGAAGCGACUUGUUAACCUGAUCUAGGUUCCGAGACCCCCUGGUACUACCGCAUGAGCGCGAGAUCUUGCUUUCCUGCCGCAGGCGCACCUCUCUGGUUUAGCAGCGCAUUCAGUUGAGGAUGUGCGCUCUGUCAGAGAACAAAUAAAAUAGAUACUAUUGCUUCUAACCUGAGUGAUCAUUUUACGUGUAGGCUACAUAUAGCCAAAAUCACAGCAAAUGUCUUUAUCUUAUGUGUAUGGUGAUUUUUUUUUUUUUUUUUUUUGUCAGACAACGUCUCGAUUAUAAAUCAGGAUUUUAGUGCUGGUGUAACAUGUCGGGGCUCGAUAUUAAUGCUUGUCCAUUAGUCCGGAAUAAGUGGAUUUUUUUUUUUUUUUCUUUUUUUUUGAAGGGGCAAGUGAAAGACAAUCUUACUUUCGCGGCCGGACAAGGACCUGAUUAAAACGUCGAUACCAACAAAAACAAAACAAAAACAACAACAACUUGGGAAUCACCAAAACGCGAGAAUGACUGAUUUUACUACAUUUAGUGUAAGUGGCGAUCGAUAGUGGAUAAUAAUAGUCUGUAUAAUGUACUGACGAUAACAAGGUUGCGCUGUUGAGGCUCGCGCAGCAUCUCGAGGAGAAAUGGAAACAUGAGCGAGGCACACAAAAAGAAACUCGGUUAAACAUACUACGGUAAAUAUUCAAAAUGUGGAGUUUUUAUAACUUGAUACUGGUAAGCAAAAUCACACGACCAAGAAUGCUGUUUUCCUAAAUAGGCUACCAUCACGAUUAAAAACGUGACACUGAUUUCAUACAACAGUUCAAUUAACAAGAGGUUAAUAUUAAGUCACUUACAUUUUAGAAGGAACAUUGGCUGUUUUUGUUCUAUUUUAUAAGCAAAAAUAGUUUCAAACAAAGAUCACAGCAGUACCAAAGCACAACACUCAGCCUUGUUUUCAUUACUGAAUGAUUCAGCGUAUUGAACGAAACGGUUGAGUCAAAGAUUAAAUGACCCAUUCAUAAACAAUUGGCUCAUUCUCAUUCGUUUGAAUGAAUGACUCAAUGACUCACUCAUUAAGACAGUUACUUGCUGCCACCUACUGGUGGUUUAGUUUCAUUUUUAAAAGUUUCAUUUCCCCCCCCAUCAUUACUUAUUUGUAUUUUCAACAGUCCCAUAACAUUAUUUAAUGCAGUUGUUAUCUAUCACAAAUAUGCAGAUUUACAUAAUUAUGUCAAAGCUGCAAUAUUCUGAAAGGAUAUUGCUUCAGAACAAAUUUAUAUUUACAAAAAAAAAAAAAAAAAAUCCUAUAUUUUUUUUCCGGACAAGCAACUGUUUUACUCGUACAAGUGAAUGACCGAUUUACGCAGUCACCAUUUCAUAUUGUCUGACAAGAAAAAACAGAAAAAUAUAUAGAUGAAACAAUUUUAUUGGGAAUUUGGCUGUAUUAAAAUAUAUUAUGUGAGCAAAAGGGUAGCAGCAGAGAAGCAAACAAAUGUUGGGCUGACACUUGGCAGAAUGCGAAUACAACAAUGGCAUGAUGAAUAUUCUAAUUGCCGUAUGUCAUCAUCUAUCGACACUUAGCGACAUAUAUAUAUGGCAUUAAAAAUGUAAAAAUUGGCAUUAAAAAAGGCAUUAAAAAGCAUUAAAUUAGAUUUGAAUUAAAGCAUUAACUUAGAGAAUUACAAAUGUAAAUUGUUGUUUUUGUUCAAAAACCUUUUGGAUUUUGUGGAGGAAUAGUUGUACUAAGAGGGUUCAUUGAUCAUUUCAUUUCCUAUUUGGAAUGGAAUAACAAGAAAUGAAAAGACAGUUUUUUCGUUUAGUUUAACUAACGGAAAAUUCGAUUUUGGCCCGAUUUCCCUUUUUUUCGUUUGUGAUUUACAAGUCGGUUUAUGGCUUUGAUAUUUCAUUCGCACAUGUGGGUGGCGCUGAAACGCCCCUUUCAUCUGAUUGGUCAAACCGCGCCGUCUUCAGGACAGCCUUAUUUCUGUCAGGUAGAAUAAGAGUUAUAUAAUAUAAAUAGGUUAUAUAAUAUGAAUAAAAGUAAAAUGUUUACUGUAUGACGUAUGGGCAACAAGGUUUGAAUGUAAAAAUCAAUGUUAAACAUGACCAUGAGAACAUGUCCAUAACAUUUCCCACUUGCCUUUUAAUGAGAUCACUAGGGUGUGUGCUCUCCGUAAUUGAAUGCAAGUGCAACAUUAUUUUUGCAAACUGAAGAGCUCAUAACUCAUGGGAAUGUAUGAUAAUGUAUUUUUUUUUUUUUAAGCUUACGUAAUAUUACUCACUUAUAUGGUGUUUUUAUAAUGUGUUUGCAUUUGUAAUCAUUUAUAUCUAAUUUAAUUUCUUAAUUUUGUUCAUGGAGAUAACAUUGACAAUGUGUCUUUAGUGGAAGAUUGCUGCCAUCUACUGGAAAUCAAACAUUUAAAAUUAAAAUAACAUGAAAUUUCAAGAACAGCCACUAGAUGGCUGCAGAGCAUCACUCACUGGCUCAUUUGUCAUUUCCCCGUAGGUAUUUUUAUAGGUAGCCUAUGUUUUCAUUUAGAUUUGUGUUUAGACAUUAUUAUAACUUUAAAACACCUUACAUUAAAAUAUAGAAAAAAAUAUAAAAUAUAUAAUCUCAUUCUUUCUGUGUGAACUGAGUACAUAACGCUUACAGUCAUACUUUUAAAUUUCAGUUUUCACAAUUAUUUAUUCAAGUCUCUCUCUCUCUCUCUCUCUCUCUCUCUCUCUCACGCACACACACACACACACACACACACACACACGUUCAGUCACAUGCUGUCAAGAAUUGUUUUGGAAUUGAAUCGUGACACCAAGAAUCGGAAUCAAAAUCGGAUCGUGAGGUGACUAAAGAUUCCCACCCCUAAAGGUUAGGGACAGGUUUGGUGGUAUGGGUAGUUUCAAGGGCAGGUUAAGGUGUAAGAGAAGGGUCAACAGUGUAAUCACUGUCAGUGUAAAUUAUAGAUGUAAUCACAGAAAUUAAAUACAGCUGUAAUUACAUGCAGGGAUUUUUUACAAAUAUAAGUACAAUAUUAAAACAUAUGUGCGCAGUAAGUGCAUUGGAUCAAAUUAUUAGUUUAAAUGUUUGUACAUAGUAGUUAAAGACACUUAAUAUAAAGUGGGACACAACAUUAUUUCUUUUAGCUUAUAAUUAUUGUAUAUUUCACACAUUUAUUAUAACUACUCUAAUCCUAUCCUAACAUGUAGUAUAUCCCUCUAUGGUGCCUCGUCAUUUAUAAAUGAUGCAAAGAAAUUAAUUUGCAUUUAAAAUACAAUAAUAAUAUUCAACCAAAAAAAAAAAAAACAACAAAAAAAAAACAUUUUAGUAUUAUCAUAUGACAUCCACUUCAGCCAAAAAAAAAAAAAAAAAAAAAUCUAUGUGCCACGUGCUUGACAUUUUUGGCAACAAGAACCUGAAGGAGACAUGAGCACGUUCAGUCACAUGCUGUCAAGGCUCCAUUGUGAGUUCAUUUUAGACUAGGAAAAAUAAAAUAAAAAAAAUUCAUUGUA